AUGCUGCUGCCGCCGCCGGUGCUCACCCCGGGGCAGAUCAGCGCCUACGCCGAGCAGAACUUGGUGGCCACGUCGCAGCCGCCGCUGACGCUGCCGCCGCCAGCGCUGCUGGCAUCGGCCACCGCCCUCGAUAACGGCACCACUCACAGCGCCACCAACGGCAGCGCCGCCAACCCGGCGGCGGCGUCAGUGCUCCGCCGCUCGGGGAUGCCCAUGGCCGGCCCCGGCGAGGCCGCUUCCAACUACGUGAUCGAGGACGUGGUGAUGCCGUUCGAAAUGUACGGCAUGUUCGACUUGUUCAGCCGAGAUUCCACCCCCAACCGCACCCCUUCGAACCCGCAAGAUACCAGCGAGUUUGGCUAUACGCUGGCGCUUCUGACCACCGCCACCCAAGCCGAUCUGCAGCCGCUGUCGACGCCCCAGCCAUCAACUAAACCUACGGUGCACGGCGUCGGCAUCGCCCUGGGCGGCAUCCCCGACGGCGAGCUGUACUUGCCUCAAAGCGACUUGGAGAUGGUCGACCGCAUGUUCCCUCUUUUCCCGCUUGUGGGCCUGGCGCUGUUGGAGAACGAGGACACAUUGUUCAUCGACAAGGAACAGACGCAGCGACAGGCGCUGUCGCUGCUGACGAACCCGUUCUUGGCCAACUUGAACCAACGCAACCCCCACAUCAGCCAGUUGGAAACGCUGCUGGUGUCGGCGCCCAUGCAAGGCAUCAACCGCCCUGAGCUGGUGCUUCUGGACCUGCUGUUCGACGUGCCGUUGCUGCUGCUGGCGUACCCUCCGCUGGCCGACGGCCACACCCUGGUGCCGAAACUACUGUCGCAGCUUCUGCUGGACUUCUUCAACCCCGGCCCCGUCCUCAGCGAGUUGGACCAGGGCCUGUUUGACUACGACGAGCGCGACUUCGGCUCCGGCUCCCGCUACCGCACCGCGACGCCGCUGGUGCCCGAGGACCUCCCGUUACCCAGUUCCGGCCUCCCGCACGCGAUGCUGACGUUGAACCCGGCGCUGGAUCUGCAGCCGCCAUUCCAACAGGUGCCGUUUCUGCCACUGGCGUCGUUCCAGUGA